CUCUCUUCAGAUCUAUUUACUGUUCAUUCUUCUUCUUCUUCUUACUCUGUUAAUUUCCCAGUGACCGGAGCCCGUGAAGGUUCUUGAUCAGACCAAGAUUCUCCCUUAAACAAAAAAAAAAACUGUCUGAAUUAGAGUGUGUUUGUGUUCUCUAAUCAAAUGGUCUGCGAAAUGGAGACCGAUCAGACAGAAGAGAUGGACAUAGAAGUCUUGUCUUCAAUGUGGCCAGAAGACGUUGGAACCCAAGCAGACAACCAGUUCAACGUAGAGAAACCCGCAGGAGAUUCAGACACCUUAAAAGAAGUCGACAUCGCUGAGAAACGCACCAUGGCGGAUUUAAAACGCUUACCAGAACUAAUGAACAACACUGACCAAGGCUCCUCUCAACUAACCAACUUAGUGAAACAAUGGGAGUACAUGCAAGACCACGCGGUUAAACUACUAAGAGAAGAGCUCAAGAUUCUCACUAGGCAAAGAGAAGAAGCAGAGGCUAAAGAGCUAAAGAUUAUAGAGGAGCAUAACUUCGAGACUCAAGAGCCUGAGAACGUUCCGGUUUUGGAUGAUACAAGCCAUUUGUUCCGCAAGUUUAAGCACAAGAAAAGGGAUGCGUUGGUAGGUAGCAAAAGGGUUGAGAUCGAUGAGGAGUUUGAUACGGUUGCGUAUUGGAAACAGAAGGCGUUGAGUUUGGAGAAGAUGCUUGAAGCGAGUACUGAGAGAGAGAGGAGAUUGAUAGAGAAGUUGAACGAGAGUUUGAAGACUAUGGAGAGUCACUCAGCACCGGUUGAAGAGUUGACUCAGAAUCUUAAGAGAGCUGAAGGGUUCUUGCAUUUUAUACUUCAGAAUGCUCCUAUUGUUAUGGGGCAUCAAGAUAAAGAUCUACGUUACUUGUUCAUCUACAAUAAGUUUCCUACCUUACGAGAACAGGACAUUUUGGGGAAAACAGACGUUGAAAUAUUCCAUGGAGGUGGAGUGAAAGAGUCUGAAGAUUUCAAGAGAGAGGUUCUUGAAAAGGGAAAAGCUUCAAAGAGAGAAAUCACAUUUGAGACAGACUUGUUUGGAUCCAAGACUUUCUUGAUAUACGUUGAGCCUGUUUACAACAAAGCUCGUGAGAAAAUUGGUAUAAACUACAUGGGAAUGGAAGUAACUGAUCAGGUAAGGAAGAGAGAAAAAAUGGCUAAACUUAGAGAAGACAACGCAGUGAGAAAAGCCAUGGAGUCAGAACUAAACAAGACUAUUCACAUUACAGAGGAGACAAUGAGAGCUAAGCAGAUGUUAGCUACAAUGUCUCAUGAGAUAAGAUCACCAUUGUCAGGAGUAGUGGGAAUGGCUGAGAUACUUUCUACUACAAAGUUGGAUAAAGAGCAAAGACAGUUGUUGAAUGUUAUGAUCUCUUCUGGAGAUUUGGUGCUUCAGCUUAUUAAUGAUAUUCUUGAUCUCUCCAAGGUUGAAUCAGGUGUGAUGAGACUAGAAGCUACCAAGUUUAGACCAAGAGAAGUGGUGAAGCAUGUGCUUCAGACAGCUGCUGCAUCACUGAAGAAAGACUUAACAUUAGAAGGAAACAUUACAGAUGAAGUUCCAAUAGAGGUUGUUGGAGAUGUAUUAAGGAUUCGGCAGAUUCUCACCAACUUAAUCAGCAAUGCUAUAAAAUUUACACAUCAAGGAAAGGUUGGGAUCAAACUCAAAGUCAUAUCAGAACCAUCCUUUGCUAGUGCAGGCGCUGAAGAACAGAACAGUUUGACUGAGACAGAGACUUCUGUUUGGAUUCGCUGUGAUGUUUAUGACACUGGAAUUGGAAUCCCAGAAAACGCACUUCCUUGUUUGUUCAAGAAGUACAUGCAAGCAAGCGCUGAUCACGCUCGCAAAUACGGUGGAACUGGUCUCGGUCUCGCCAUUUGUAAACAACUAGUUGAGCUAAUGGGAGGUCAACUUACAGUGACAAGCCAAGUCAAUGCUGGUUCAACGUUCACAUUCAUAUUGCCAUACAAAGUUGCAACAUCAGAUGAUCAUUCAGAUGAUCAAGACUUCUCUGAUAUGGUUGAUCAUCAUCAACCAGAACCAGAUGACACAACCGAAGGAUACUUCCAAUUUAAACCGCUCCUAGGCUCUAUAUAUUCUAAUGGUGGACCGGUCAUAGGCAAUAACUUCUUACCUCAUAAAGUUAUGCUCACUAGCCCUCUUAAGCUCAUCAACAGCUUUGUCACCGAUUCUUCUAACAACACUGCACAAAGCGAGAUGGUUCAGGUUGAAAACGGUGGCUACAUGGAUGAAACCUGUUCUGGUCCAUGUCCAUCUAAGGAAACAGAAUCUUGUAGUAGCUCACAAGCUAGUUCAGAAGGUGGAGUGUUAGAAAUGGAGUCAGAGCUUACAGUUUCGUCUCGUGUGGAAGAGGACAAGACAGAGACAUCAAAGCAGCCAAAGAUUUUGCUUGUGGAAGAUAAUAAAAUAAACAUCGUGGUUGCAAAGUCUAUGAUGAAACAAUUAGGAUAUACCUUUGAUAUUGCUAAUAAUGGAGUUGAAGCCAUAACAGCUAUUAAAGACACUAGCUAUGACUUGGUACUAAUGGAUGUGUGCAUGCCAGUUCUGGAUGGUUUAAAAGCUACAAGACUGAUACGUUCAUAUGAAGAAUCUGGGAACUGGGAUGCUGCAAGAGAAGCUGGAGUAGAUAUAAAGACAUCAGAGAGUGAGCAAGUUUGUGUGCAUUCCAUAAACCGGCUACCUAUAAUAGCGAUGACGGCAAAUACAUUAGCAGAGAGCUCAGAAGAAUGUUAUGCAAAUGGUAUGGACUCUUUUAUAUCAAAACCUGUAACGUUGCAAAAACUAAAAGAGUGUCUACGACAGUAUCUACAUUAG